AUGAUCACUCCGUUGGACUUGAAUGAUGUCAUUAAGGAUAUAGAGCUUCUUUACACUUCUCAAGAUGCUGAGCAGAUACACUUUAUUCAGGAUAAACUACAAACUUACCAGAAAAGUGAGCAUGGCGAUGAACUAGGACUACAACUACUACAACAUCCACAUUCUACAGUUAAGUACUUUGGUGCAUUGACAAUUACAGUGUACCUCAAUACAUUUGGUUGUAACAAUUAUGAGCAAACUUUUCAACAAAUUCUGCUUGUCAUUAAGGAAUUGACCAAUGAAAACUUUUACUCAAACUUGUUUAUAAUAAAGAAGCUAUCGAGCUGCUUGUCAUUGAUCUACAUACAGAAUUAUCAACAUUUCGACCCUAUUCUUGCAUUUACAAAGUUGUUGAACCCUGAUACCACAUUAAUCACCAACUUUAUCACCAAUUUGCAAGAACCAAAACAAUUGGAACUUCUCCUAUACUUUUUAUCAACAAUAGCCGAGGAAGUACAAAAAAUUCCAUCUUUGGUAGCAGAGUUGCACUCAACCAUACACACUACUAUUUUCAAUCAUUUACAAAUUGUGCUUGAUUAUCUACUGCAGCAAUAUUCUCUGCUACCAGAAGAAUUCAAACUUCUCCUUCUUGAAUGUUUGAAUUCAUGGGUGGUUUACGCAUCAACGGCAGAGGCUCGUUCAGAAGUUAGGUACGCCGAUGACUUGGGUAUGUUUGUCAAUUUACUUUUAAAACAAUUGGACACCACUUUUGAUAUUGAUAAAAUGGAACUCUAUAACAAGACAUUUUCCGUUUUAACCGAGAUUGUUGAUCACAUUUCGCGAGCAAUGAAUCCAUUUAAAGCUACGUUGAUGGAUAUCUUCUUUGGCGGAAACAAGUUUGGAAUGCAAAUGCUAAAUACCAUAUUUGCAGACCAAGAAUUGAUGGAAACUUAUCGAUUGGAAAUAGACAACUACAUCAACUUGAUAAUUAGCUACCUUGAACUCAACAUCAUUCAACUUACGAGAAACAUUUCACACGACGAUACCGCAAGAAUCAUACAAACGGUCAUUUCUUUGACAAAUGCCCCUGGCCAACCAAUAGCAGAAGAGAAUAUCAGUUUUCAAUUGAUAUCAUUUUGGGAUGAAUUUGCUAACACUUUGAUUGAUGAUGCCGAUGUGUUGAAGGAAUCAUUUCCAACACUUUUGGCCGACAACAAGCGAAGAAGUCACGAAAUUUUGAUGGAAGUGGCUGUAUCCUAUUUUAAAAAGAUUCAAAGAAACUCAGAUAAUGUGUCGCAAGAGUUUACACGCUACCGCGUUCUAGUGUCCGACUUGUUCAUUGUACUUUACUCUAUCUUGGGCGUACCAAUAUAUGCAACGUUGUGCAAUACUGUGGGGACAGAUUUAACUCAAAGUGAAGCAGCAUUGUAUUUACUUCAUAAAAUUACCGUUGACAUUCAAUUUUUCGAUGAUGAGGGGGAUGACGAAAACUCAAGCACUUAUCCGUUGAUACUUGAAAUUGCAAAAGUGUUCGAAAAGAAUGUACUAGCAUUAGUGGAGAACCACAUUGGUAACGAAUACUUCACUACAAGCUUACUCAAUUUCAUUUCAGUUUUGCCAUUCUUUUUUAAAUCCAAAACUGGGAGCCAGUAUCUUGCCCCUAGUUUUGAUUUUCUAUUUCGAGUCAUAACAACUCAUAAAAAGGGGAACUUGCCACUAAUAGCGUCGCGUACAGUUUUCCGCAUUUGUCAAGAUGCCGAGGAGAAUCUCAUUCCUUUCUUACCACAAUUGGAGUUGGUAUUGGUUGAAAUGUUGCAAAACCCAGCAAUUGACAAUGUUAUUCGGGAAAGAAUCACCAAUUCAUACAUUUCCAUAGUUCGGUCAAGGAAAAUUGCAUCAGAAUUGGGUGAAAAAAUAUUUGCAAUUUUGCAAGUGAUUGAUCAACAGAGGGGUAAAAUAAAUGAUGAAUCUUUAGAGGAUUAUGCAAUCAGUUUAGUUGCAUGUAUUGACGAAAUUGGAAAAGCUUGUGCAUAUCCUGAAGAAAUUGACGAAUAUUUAAAUGAAGAUCAGCUACAACAAGUCAAGGCAUAUUGGAAUGAAGAUCCUUCACAAAUUAGAAGUUUGAUAUUGCAACAAUUGAGAGCGUUUUCACUUGACUCGCCAUUGUUGGCUGAAAAGACGAUUGUGACUGAAAAAUGUUGUAGCAUACUCAAAAGUGGAUUUAAUGAACCCAUUGUGGGACCAUUUACAUUUGACUUGGACUUGAUUUUUCAGUACAUCCUUGCCAAGUUACAAGUUUCAACUCCACAUUCAAUUGAUUAUUUGCAUCAAUUGAUUGUAAGUGUGGUGUUAACCCACGCAAGGGACAUAAAUGAAAAGCGAUUUGAAAAUGUAUUGAUCCUGGCUUUUGUUGACAUUCGAUCUACUAUUGAAUCUGAUGAAGAUUUGAUCAAGUCGUCGUUAGAUGCAUUUGCUGCUAUAGUCGACACUAAACCGAAAUUGAUAUUGUAUACCCCUGUUUUGGAAGGAUUUGUGUUUCCCUUUGCCUUGAAUGCAUUUGCCAAACAAGAAGUCCCAAUUAUUCGAUCAACAAUCAAAUUUUGGAAUGCAUUAAUCACAACAAAGAAAGGUGUCCAACAAGACCAAGAAGUGGUGAGGCAUUGGAUGACAGCAGAACAAAAUGGUGUCAGUUUGGGUUUCCAGUUGACUAAUCAGUUGAUGAAUGCAUUCAUGGCUUCACCAAGAUCAAGUUUAGAUUAUUACUAUCCUUUGUUUAGAUACCUCAUCAAUAAGUAUCCAUUAGAGAUUAAAAAAUGGCUUUUGUGCAUAGUUGACAACACACCCAUGGGUAAAGACAAGUUGGAUCAUGAUACCAAACGUCAAUUUGUCAAUAAAUUGAUGCUUACACGAGGCCAACGAAUGGCACAUAACGUACUCAAAGAUUUUUGGUUAGCCAGCUGGGGGUUGAGUUUGUAG